GGAAGGUCUGGGGAGGCUGAGCGUGCCGGAGCAGGACUGCAGUGCACGCCGCCAGCCUCGGCGCAUUGGACCGUCGUGGGAUGAUGGGGCGGCUGGCCGGAGGCGGAGGGCUGGGCGCCGCUGAACCCCCGCGAUCGUGCCCUGUUCUGCAGCCUGGGAUGGUUAAUUCCUUCAGGUCAGAAGGCUGGAAGAAAUAAUAGAGGAAAAAAAAUGUGAGGAAACAGAUAAUUUUAUACUAAUACAGCCUUGGAAGUGUCGAAGAUUAUUCUGAAUCUCAGGUGCCGUUUUCAACCAGAUACAAGAAGGAAGUGCUCCCAAGAUAUCCGCAUGUUUGAGGCUCCCGCUCUGCCAUGGAAUCCUGGCCUUGGCUGGCCUGGGUUUUGCUCCUUAGCUUGAUAGUGGACUGCCUGAAGAAGGUGGAAGCCCGAGACUUUACCGUGAAAGAUAUUGUCUAUCUUCAUCCUUCAACCACUCCAUAUCCCGGUGGAUUCAAGUGUUUUACGUGUGAACAAGCAGUAGACAACUAUGAAUGUAACCAGUGGGCUCCUGACAUCUAUUGCCCGAGAGCUACAAGAUACUGCUACACUCAACAUACGCUGGAAGCCAAUGGGAAGAGUGUGUCUGUUACCAAACGAUGUGUGCCACUGGAGGAUUGUUUGGCUACAGGAUGCAUUGAUCUCCAGCAUAAAGGACUGAAGGUCUGCACUUCUUGUUGUGAGGGCAACAUCUGCAACUUGCCAUUGCCCAGAAACUCAAGCGAUGCCAUAUUUGCAACAAUAACCCCCAUCAAUCACACACAGAGACAUUGGAAAAGUCCAUCAAUAAUGGCAUGGUGUCUGCUCUUAGUCUUUUCUACGUAGAUGCCCAAGGAUAGAGCUUGCACACCAAGGCAAGCAGUUGAGGAUGAAAAUAUUUAUGCAUACAUAAGUGAUCUUAAUUUAAUAUAUGUUUCAAAUCUUACAUUUUUAGUGACAUUUCUAAAUGUAUAUUUUUAAACUCGUUUUAGCAUUGGCUGGUUCAAAAGCCAUAGUUUCUGAAUUGUUGGGGAGGGGACAUUUUCGCUGCAAGUUUAGUUUGAAGGAAGUUGAAGGAAACCUUUUGUAGUUCAUGGAUGGAGGUGUGGUCAGUGAAAUCUUGAUGGAAAAUGUCUAUUUUCCUCUCUGCCUCUCUGCUUGUGACGAGAGAAUCUACGAGAAUUGUGAGUUUGCAGUAAUAAAUAGUUAAACACUAGGAAUUCCUAUAAAGUUGCUCCACUGUCCCCCCCCAAAAAAGGGUUUCUAGUUGACCUGUUAGGCCUAACCAAUGUUACUUGGUUAGUCGUAGAGAGAUGGAUUUAGAUUGAAUUGUAUUUAGAGUAAACCCUUUGAUCCAUGGAUCUGUUCCAAGUAAAACUGACUGGGUUUCGUCUCAGUGCAUACACCUGGAUAUGAAGAAACAAUUAUUUUGAAGAAAAAGCCACUCUUCUUGAAAUGUAUAGGCAGGGCUGACGUGCAUCUUAAAAGACGUGCAUCUUAAAAGACGUAUUUCCUACACAAGAAGGGGAAUGCCUCUAAUGCCUCUUCCACUGUUUUUAAACUAUAAUUCCCAGAAUUUCCAAGUCACCUUGUUGGCUUGGAGAUUCUGGGAGCUGUAGUAGAAAAUGUGACUUCUCCAAGUGCUGAGCUUUGCUAAGAUAAUUCCUUCCACAUGCAGUUUUUUGUUAGCACUUAUAUUUUUAAAAUUCUUAAUCUCUUUUUAAAAAUACAUGGCCUGUUGAAUUGGGAUCACCUUAUUGAUCUUCAAGAUGCUUUAAAUUGCUUUAAUCUAACCAAUUAAUAAACUAAGUUGCACUCUUACAUAUGCUCACCUAGGAAAAAGGCCCAUUGAACACAGUUGGCCUGCAUUCUGUAUUGACAAACAUAAGAUUGCACAGUAAUUUUGCUACCCUACAUACACUUAACUUGGAAUAAUUCCCAUUGAAUUGAGACAAACAUGCUUCUGUAUAAAUUUGCUUAGUGUGGCACUGUACAUGUGCAGCCCUGGUUCUGAUCUGCUAAGAGAAGCUUCCCCAUUCAGCUCUUUCUGAAUAAGGUUUUCAUUCACCUUCUCAUUUCCUUCGUGAAAUCAUCCCUGUCUUUGAAGACAAUGGGUAAACUCCUUGUUCAGUGUAUUGGGGCUCCUUGAAACUAGGGAUCAGAUGGUGAGUUUUAGAUUAUUAUGACAUGUCAGUACAGCAUUUCUGCAAUAAGUAGAAUAAGGGUUCUGGUAUAUUUAGAACUUUUGGCAGAGAAAUAAUCAUGUACAGUUUUCUUGUUUUCAAUAAGACAUAGGCUCAGUUUCAUUACAUUUUAAUUUAUAUUAGUUCUGAUGAAACUUUGGGCACAUGAAAGAGUUUAUUUUCCAUAUUAGAUCACAGUAAUUUAUUUUUGUAUGGUAUGAUCAGAAUGGAUGAGACAUUGUAUAGAAUUCAAUUCUUAAGCAGUUUCUAACAGUGCUUAACUCCUGUUAAGUCUGGUAUGUAAGAGAUAUUUUGUGACAAGUGAUUUUCAGCAACAACGAAUUAGGGCAGGGAAAUAAAAGAGUGGUAGAGUUGAACUUAAUUCAGAUAUAUAUUACUGGCAUAUGGCAUAUAAAAGCUUGGUGGAGUUUUAUAAACCAUGGACAACCAUGUAAUCAUAUGUUAUAGUGAUUUUUAUGAGUUGCUUUUGAAUAAUGUUGACCAGUGGGGAAUUGCCAUUUUUAUCAAAUUACAAGUUGAUGCUGGGUAGUGAGGGGAAUGGAAAAGAACCUAUAUGGUAUGUAUACAAAUAAGGAAGAAAAUUAUAUGUGUGUUUUUUUAGUGUUUGAUAGGAAUCUCUGCUUAAAGCAACCUACCAGCCAUCUGGUACACCCAUAUUGUAUGUGUGUGCAUGUGUGUGUACAUGCUUCCCAACAUUUUGUCUUCCAUGUGUGUUGGACCACACUUACGCUAGUCGACCAACCAGCCUGUGAGUCCAGCUCAUUUAAAUAAAUUGUUAAACACAGCCACUUUUUGAUGACAUGUGGCCUUCUAGGGUAGGAGUUGGUCUAGUUCCUUGUGUGAACGUAAACUUAGUUCCCUGUUGAAAGUACAAUGGGACCAUAUGUGCCAGGGAACCAGGUAUGCACCAUACCACACAUGCUGCAUGGGAUUCUCACUUUGUUAUGAUUUUAUCUAGUAGUAAGCUUCUGUGACCUUCAUUGGAACAUUAUCUAGUUGUCUAGUAAUAAUCACUGCAAGUAUGAACAUUUCUGCCAUCCCAAAUACACCUAAAUAUGUUCAUGGCCCUCUAACUCAUUGGCUGAAGUCCUGUUCAAGUUGGCAUGACAUAAAUUUACACCUGGAAAAGUGUAAAAGCUGGCCUUUACACCCAGGCAGCCAGCACUGCAUAUUUGAUCAUGCUGUUCAUCAUGUCACUGUUGCAUGAAUCAUGUCAUGGUUGCACAAUUGAUUGUUCACAUUGGAGCUGUUACACAACAUGCCUGUGGAGGUGCUUUGUGGGUGUUACUUCUGCCCAUAUGUGAUUUUCUCUCUCUCGAUCACUUCCACAGCUUCACAUAUGCAAGCAUAGCUGUGCAACAGGAUUUCAGCCAUUGGAAGCAGGACUCACUAUUAUAAGUUAAUGAUUGUAAUAAACUUAGUCAAGGUGAAGUCCCAUCAAAAGCCCUGAGGUAUAGUUCAGUUAUUCCUUUUUGUUUUGUUCUUCUGCUUUAACCAUGAAUAACAUGAUCAGAUUAAGAGCUGUUUUAACUUGAUUUUUUAAAAAAUGUGACCUUUUAGGU